AUGGAUAAGGAGAAAUGUUUGGUCUGGUACCUUAAAGGGAAGAUAGGUGGAUAUCAGGCCUUAAUCCGCCAAGAUGACCGUGGGUCAAAAAGGCAAGUGGUGGGCUUCACCGCUGCCAGGAUUUUGUCAGCCUUCUCCUGGGAGAGCCGGCUGAAACAGUGUGAAGCAAGACUGGACCUGAAGACAGACAAGGGGCUUCUAUUGACCCCUACCCUGUUUUCUGUUUUUACAGAAGCCUUUGAGAUGGUUGUACGACAUGCAAGAAACUACACUAAUACCAUGUUCAGAAACUCUUACCGCAACAUGGCUGCCAAGGCUUUUAAAUUCGUGGGAGAAUUUUUUACUGACAUCUCUCUGUAUAUCCUGGGCUCGGACAUUAAUGUCAAUGACAUGAUAAAUGAGUUCUUUGAUAGCUUGUUCCCUCUAGUCUACCCACACCUAAUUAACCCAGGCUUCCCUGAUCCUUCUCUGGAAAUGACUGAGUGCCUCCGGCUAGCAAGGCGAGACCUGAAGGUAUUUGGAAAUUUCCCCAAGGUCAUGAUGACACAAGUGUCAAAGUCUCUGCAAGUGACUCGAGUCUUCCUUCAGGCACUCAACCUUGGCAUAGAGGUGGUCAACACCACCGACCAUUUGAAAUUCAGCAAGGACUGUGGGCGAGCUCUUUUGAAAAUGUGGUACUGUCCCCACUGCCAGGACCUCAUGAUGGCCAAGCCAUGUGCCGGAUUCUGCAAUGUUGUCUUGCAAGGGUGCCUUGCCAGUGUGGUAGAGAUAGACAGUUACUGGCGAGAAUACCUCCGAUCUUUAGAAGGCUUAGCGAAAGGCAUGCGGAGCAUCUAUGACAUGGAGCACGUACUUCUCAACCUCUUCUCCUUGAUACGGGACUCAAUUAUGUACAUGCAGAAAAACGCAGAGAAGCUGGCUGUAACGAUCGGCAAGCUGUGUGGACAUUCCCAGCAGAGACAGUACAGGUCAGCUUGGUAUCCAGAGGAUCUUUUUGUUGACAAGAGAGUAAUGAGGGCUGCCCACGUGGAUCACGAAGAAACCUUGUCCAGCAGAAGGAGGGAACUCAUCACAAAACUAAGAAUGCACAGCAGUUUUUAUAGCAGUCUGCCGGAGUACAUCUGUAGCCACAGCUCUGUGGUGCAAAACAACACCCUUUGCUGGAAUGGUCAAGAAAUCGUAGAAAGGUGA